CUGUCGUCAACUCCACGGAGGCAGCGUCUCAGUCGCUGCCGAACCCACCGCUCAGUCAGCAUCCACAUAUCCAGGAGCACGGAGAGCGGCAUGGCAAAGGCGGGGGGCCGGGGGGACGAGGCGUGGAACGCCAAACCCGGGGCCACUCAUCGCUCACACGAUGCGCCACCGCCGCCUCUCCUCACAGUUGCACCCGCUGACCAGACGAUCGUGAAGAUGCUGAGCCGACUGAUGAGCAGCAGCAUCAGGAGUCUGGACCGGGAAUGCAACUGCACCGUGCGACUGCUGGACGACUCGGAGUACACCUGCACGAUUCAGCGGGAUGCCAAAGGACAGUACUUGUUUGACCUCAUCUGUCACCAUCUCAACCUGCUGGAGAAAGAUUACUUUGGCAUUAGAUAUGUUGAUCCAGACAAACAAAGACACUGGCUUGAGUUUACAAAGUCAAUUGCCAAACAAAUGAAGUCCCAGCCUCCAUUCACCAUGUGUUUGCGUGUCAAGUUUUACCCACCAGACCCAGCUGCUCUGAGGGAGGAAAUCACCAGAUAUCUCGUCUUCCUGCAGGUCAAAAGGGACCUCUACCACGGACGUCUCCUGUGUAAGACAUCUGAUGCCGCCCUGCUGGCUGCUUACAUAUUACAAGCCGAAAUUGGUGAUUACGACCCCGGGAAACACCCUGAAGGUUACAGCUCCAAGUUCCAGUUCUUCCCCAAACACUCAGAAAAACUGGAGCGGCGCAUUGCUGAUAUCCACAAAACUGAACUCAUUGGUCAAAGUCCUGAAACAUCAGAGCUUAACUUCCUCCAGAAAGCCCAGAUGCUGGAAACCUACGGAGUGGACCCUCAUCCGUGCAAGGAUGUGUCGGGGAACCCAGCAUUUCUGGCUUUCACUCCCUUUGGAUUUACUGUGCUGCAAGGAAACAGAAGGAUUCAUUUCCUCAAGUGGGAUGAGGUAACCAAACUCAAGUUUGAAGCAAAGACAUUCCAUAUUUAUGCAAAUCAAAAAGAGGAUAGGAAGAUCAUACUGACUUACUUUGCUCCUACACCAGAGGCCUGUAAGCAUCUUUGGAAGUGUGGAGUAGAGAACCAAGCCUUUUAUAAGUUGGAAAAGUCCAGUCAAGUCCGCACUGUGUCCAGUAGUAAUCUCUUCUUUAAGGGUAGCCGUUUUAGAUACAGUGGAAAGGUUGCAAAAGAAGUAAUGGAACAAAGUGCCAAAAUAAAGAGGGACCCCCCUGAGAUUCACAGGGCCGGCAUGGUCCCCAGUAGAAGCUGUCCAUCCAUCACCCACGGCCCUCGUCUGACCAGUGUGCCCAGGACUCGGCGGAGAGCUGUGCACAUUUCCAUAAUGGAAGCCCUCCCUGGAGGACCUUCCACUUCAGGCUCUGGUCCUGAGUCAGGACAGGGCUCCAGAACCCCCUCAAGGUUAGCUGUCCCACCCUGUGUCCAUGGCACCAAUCGGCCACAUGCCAACUGCUCAGGGUUGGAGUCUCUUCGAGACAGCGCCCACUCCACGCCUGUGCGCUCUGUCUCCCAUGGCGACUCCUUCAUGCCUUCCAGGGGCCAGAUGGUGGAUGGCAGUGAGGCCAGCACGUCAGCAGUGAUCUCUGAUGAGGCCUACAGCCCCUCAGACAGUGUGCUGCCCACCCCUGUGGCCGAGCACGGAAUGGAGAUGCCUCUGGCCCGUCACCUCAACGGUGCACCGUGCAGCGCUGACGAGGAAAAGGACUCCGGGGCGGGGGCAUUAAAGGAGGGCCAGGCGGCCGAGUAUGGACCCAGACGGAGAGCGCUGGGCGUGGUCAGGAGCAGGCCGUCACCGCCUAGCGACGUAGAGGAGCUCAACAAGUUCAUCCUCAGUGUGCUGCGUUUGUUCCUGGUUACCAUCGGACUGCUGUUCGCCCUCCUGCUGCUACUCAUCAUGCUGACGGAGUCAGACCUGGACAUCGCUUUCCUGAGAGACAUCCGCAAGACGCCCGAGUUCCAGCAGUUCCACUUUGAAUAUUUCUGCCCUCUGCGGCGCUGGUUCGCCUGUAAGUUACGGUGGAUGGGAGGCUUCCUCGUCAGCAAGUGA